GUACAACCUUUUUGAAGCGAGAGGAGUGAAAAACAGUUUGCUUGUCCAGGGAAUACUACAGCAGGAGGAGUGAAAUACAGCAGAGAAACCAGCAUCAUGUCAUCUGAUCCAGUCACGUUACCACCUCGACCAGAACUGUUUGAUUUCCAUGGAGUCUCAAUGACCCACUUUUUCACAGACAACUGGGAAAACGUUCAAAAGUUUCAAGCCAGGCCAGAUGAUAUACUUAUUGCAACCUACCCCAAAGCAGGAACCACAUGGGUCUCCUACAUCCUCGACCUGCUGUAUUUUGGUCAGACAGAGCGUCAGACAUCUGUCCCGAUCUAUGAGAGAGUGCCUUUCUUGGAGGUUGUCUCCCCAUUCACUGGUCCAGGAACAGACCAGUUAGACAGCCUCCCCACCUCUCCUCGGCUCAUUAAGACUCAUUUUCCAGUCCAGUUUGUGCCGAAGUCCUUUUGGGAGCAGAACUGCAAGAUCGUCUAUGUGGCUCGCAAUGCCAAAGACAACAUGGUGUCUUUUUUUCACUUUGAUCGCAUGAACGUUGUUCAGCCAGAGCCUGGAGACUGGAGCAGCUUCUUCCAGAGAUUCUUGGACGGAAAGAUGCUUAAUGGAUCCUGGUACGACCAUGUGAACGGCUGGUGGAAGAAGAAACAGACUUAUUCCAAUCUCCACUACAUGUUCUAUGAAGAUAUGAUUGAGGAUACUGGACGGGAAAUCGACAAACUCUGCAGCUUUCUCGGUUUGUCUUGUUCUGACGAGGAGAAGAAACGAGUUACAGGUGGAGUGCAGUUUGAUAAUAUGAAGAAGGACAAGAUGGCCAACUAUUCUACAAUGGAAGUUAUGAAUUUCAAAGUUUCUCCCUUCAUGAGAAAAGGGAAAGUUGGUGACUGGAAGAACCAUUUCACUGUGGCCCAGAACGAGAAGUUUGAUGAAGACUACAAGAAAAAGAUGACGGACACCACUCUUCAGUUCCGCGAUGAAGUUUGAAGAAGACUGGACAAGCUGUGUACAUUCCUGACUGGACAUGUGCCAAUUCACUCAGGAAAGACCAGAGAAUGAAGCAAAGAUUCUAACAUAUUUUUCUUUAUAAAAUAUUAUUAUAACAGAUGGUGUGAUUAUACAGAUAAUGUGAGCUUGUCAUAGGAGAAUACAGGAUGAUUAUAACAGAUAACAUGAGAAGAUUAUAACAGAAUAUAUAUGAUGAUUAACACAGAAAUUAUACUGUAUGAGCUGUGUAUGUAAAAUGAACACUGCAAAACAAUAAAUGAGACUUUGUUUAUUAUGUCCUUUAUUUAUGUCCUCAAAGGCAUUUCACAAGAUAAAUAAGCCCAUAUGUUUUGAGUUAACGCCUGCACACUGUGUAGCCAAUUCCCAAAUGGUUUACAUAGUUUAAAAAUGCAUACAAUGUGUUCUUUUUCUCUGAGUCCAGCUCUUCUGGUAUGUUUGUCUUGGACCUUGAAUGUUCUAUUAAACUUUAUAGAUCAUGGGGCUGUUUGCUAGUUGCAGCUGAAAGGAACUGUGCCAGCUGCCUGUUAUAGAUUAACACACAUCUGUA